AUGUUAUCUCAACCAAUAACUUCAAUAAAAAUCAAACAUUCAUAUAAAAAAAUGAAUAAAAAUUCAAAUGGUUUAUCAAAACAUAUAAGUAGUUCUAAAUAUGUUGCUGAACAACGUGCUAAAGUUCGUGAUAUUGUAUUAUGUUUACAACGUAAAAAUAUUAAACUUAUUGCUAUUGAUUUUGAUAAUACAUUAUUAUCAAUACAUACAAGUGGUUAUUAUAAAGGAACAGCUGAGAAUUUAUUAGAACAUAUUCGAUCAACAUUUCUUUAUUUUAUUCAAGAAAUUCUUGAUUCACCAGCAUUUUGUCAAACACUUCAUUUAUGUAUUGUAUCUUUUUCAUCACAAGAACAACUUAUACGAAAAUUACUUGAAUUAGCAUUUAAAACUUCUAAAACAGAUCGAAUUAUAAUACGAUGUAAUACACCAGAAUUUAUAUCAAAUAUAAAUGAAAAAAAUUUUCUUGGAAAAGAAUAUCAUUUAUCAUCUGUUGUUACUGAAAUUGCAACAAAACGUAAUAAAACAAUAAAACCAAAUGAAAUUUUAUUAUUGGAUGAUGAUAUAAGAAAUAUUUUAAUAGCAGAAAAAUUUGGUCAUAAAGUACUCGAAAUACGUGAUCAUAUAAGUUUAGACAUUUUAAAAGAUUUUGCUAAUAAUGUUUUAUCUCAAAGUUAA